AUGUCGUCUACUCACCAGUCUGAUGGUAUUCAAAUCGGAACGGCCACCAUACGAACUGACGCCAAGGAGACCACCGAACACGCUGGCCAGAAUUUGAAAACCGAAGAGCAUGCCAUGUUAAUUAUGCCCGACAGUCUUCGUGAAUUGACUACCGAGGACAGGAACCAAAUUGGAAGAAGAAUCGUGAGAAAGAUCGAUUUUAUUGUCCUACCCAUCAUUAUGAUUCUCUACAUUCUCAACUAUAUUGAUCGACAGAAUCUCUCAGCUGCGAAAUUGCAGAAUAUCAUGGGAGACCUAAAUAUGAACGCCAGCCAAUUCUCGACUGCUAUAUCUAUUCUCUACGUCGGAUACAUUCCCUUCCAGAUACCGUCGAAUAUGGUCAUGACCAAAAUCACUCGUCCUGGACUCUAUAUUUGCUGUGCAGUCGUUGUGUGGGGUAUGAUAUCGUCUUGCACCGGUGCUGCCCAGUCCUAUAGAGGUCUGCUGGCUGUACGAGUGAUUCUUGGGGUCGUUGAAGCAGUUUUUUUUCCCGGUGUGAUUUACUACUUGUCUGCUUGGUAUACGAAGCAGGAGCUCGGCAAACGUCUGGCAGCGCUGUACAUUGGGCAACAGCUAGGAAGUGGCUUUGGUGGACUUAUUGCAGCAGGAGUGCUAAAGCUAAACGGAGUCCAUGGAAUUCAAGGAUGGCGCUAUCUGUUUAUUGUUGAGGGGGUGGCAACUGUCGGUAUUGGAGCGAUAUCUUGUUUUCUCAUGCCUGAAUACCCGCAUAACGCUCGUCUACUCAAUCCAAUUGAGCGUGAUCUCGCAGUCUGGCGUAUUGAACAAGAAGCUGGGGUGGGAGAAGCUCACGAAGAAGUCGGCACUUUAGAUGGUUUCCUUCUUGCUCUCACCGAUGUCAAGGUCUGGGCUUUGGUGUUUUGUGUUAUCCUGUCGCAAGCCUUGAAUUCCGCCCUGAAUUUCCUUCCUACGAUUGUUGCGACACUGGGAUACAACGAAACUCUUACUCUUGUUUUGACCGCCCCGCCUUACCUGUUCGCCUGCUUUUACUUCUACUUCAUUAGCUGGUGGAGCGAUCGCCACUCAGUUCUAUACUGGCCUAUAUUGCUAUCCUUGAUUAUCGGUGUUGUUGGAUUCGUCAUUCCUCUAGCAACGACUAAUCUCGGCGCACGAUAUUUCGCCAUAAUGCUGUUCCCUAGUGCAACCAUCGGACCACAGAUCCCCAUCUACAAGACUCUGAACCUCCACGUGGCUAGGCCGUAUCCUAAGCGAGCAGCCGGUGUUGCUCUUCUGAAUGCCAUUGGAGGUACAUCGAAUGUCUGGGGCAACUACCUUUGGACACAAGGGCCUAGGUUCUAUCCCGGGUUUGGAAUGUGUGUCGCUGUUGUGGUCAUAUUCAUGGUUACCAUCACCUUGUACAAGUGGCACAUUGCAAACGAGAACAAGAAACUUUCUGGUGAUGAAUUUCAAGUCAGAAGUGUCAUGAGGGCAGGUGUAACACAGGAGCAGGUGGAUAUGGGAUGGAGAUACGAGGGCUACUAG